CGGUUCCCUCCCUCUCCUCCACAAUUACCUUCAAAGCCGCUUUUUGUUACCUCCUACCCGUGAGGGCUCUCAUAGAGCUAUAACACUACACGCAGUGCUAGAAAUCUUCGGGACGGGUCGUAUAUCUAGUGACACACUUGUAUCCUCAAAAUAUCCGACACAACGCGAACAACGCCGAAUACAACGCGAUGCCACGACCGGUACGAUCUCGAGUCGCGCCGGCAGCACCGAAAGGGAAUGCUGCCGGUGCAGCUCGGACUGCUGAACCAGAACCAGCAAAGAAAGCUGCGACAAAUCAGGUUACCCAGGUGGAAGUAGUGAGCGACACGAGCAGUGAUAUUUACGGACUCAGCGACCGAGAAAUCGAGCGCCAAGCAACGCGGCGCGCCUCGGGAGGUACCACCCAUGCAAAACCCCAGCAGGCAAAGGCGCUGGAAGAUUCCAAAACUCGACGCGAUGCGGCAAUGAGUCGUCUGGACGAUCUCAGCUCGACCUCGGCAUUGGAAGGGCCUUCGACGCUUAGGAAAGCCAGCUCCAGUACGGUACGCGCCGCCCGGCGGAGCUCCAGCAGGCUACGGAGGAGCGCGCCGGAUGCGUCAGGACUGGAUGUUAUGGAUGACUCUGAGCUUUUUGGCGGGGACUUUGACGAUCUGGACGUGGAUAUAACCCUGGGCGAGGAUUCUGUGCUGGCUGGUGAUCAACGGUCGACCGACACGUCUUCGUUCAAUGUGGGGCUUUUCAGACGAGGCCGUCCCCGCCAAUCGAGCAUUGUUGGCCGCGAUGAUGCACCUAUUCGCCCAAGUAGCCGAGGCCCAAAUACACCGAGUAUCAGUACGACUUUCAACAUCGGGACAUUCAAGCGACGGGCCAGGGAGCAGAGUAUCCUGGGUAGUAGACGCAAAGCUCGCCUAGAGCCAGACGAGACGGAGCCGAUAGCCAACAAGGAUGAACCGGAGGACAGUGUUAUUGGGUCGGAUGAAGAGGUAAUUCCAGAAAGUGUUAUUGGGUCUCCUAGUCGCAGGAGGACUCGUGGAUCCGAUAUGAGGGAUAGAGAGCCAUCAUUACCUGCUAUGGAUACUAGUCGCGAAGAGGGAUCUUCGCGGAAGAGAAAAUCAACAGAGGGCCAGGAUGGUUCAUCCAAGCGUCCUGUGCUGGCGUCCAGCGAUGUCCGGCAAGAUUCUAUCGAGAGCGACUCGGAGCUCAGCUUGCCGCCUCUCGAUGAUAUACCAUCGACUCCGGACCAUGACACAGCACGUCGCGCAGUUGUGGAUGACGACGAUGACAUAUUAGCACCGCCCGCUAGUAGCAGCUCAUCGGAUGCCAGCCCAACCAGCUGGCCGUCGUUAAGAAAUCUUCCUCGCAAUAGACAUCGCCGAGCGCCGUCAGACUCUCGCAAAACACCAGCUCCUGCCCACGGUGAAGAUGUGCUAUCGGACAUGUCGUCUCCACCAUCACUAACGCACUCGCCCAAUUACGUCGCGGGUAAAACCAAAAACACCCGUGGGGCAGCCGCUGCCUCAAAAAAUGCCCGCAAGGCCUCACCGAAGCUUACGACCGCCGAGCUCACGGCAAUGUUGCCCAAGAGGAGGCAAAGGACGGCACGAGAUGACCAGUCCGACGACGAGUUUAACUCCACGAUAGUGGCAAACGAGGCAGACGAGCUGUCCUAUGUGGAGGGGUCCAGGGCACGGCGCGCGAGAAGACAUGCGAGACCUUUGGCCGACUCUAAUGCCCCCCUCGCCCGGGUGCAGGCGACUAAAGGCGACAAAAGACGUGCUCGGAGAACCUAUGGCUCCCGGGCUACUGCGGGCUCCGAUAAGGAAAAUCAAGAUGGAGAAGGUGAAGGAGAGACAAUACAAGUCGCAGCCGAUGAAGAGUACCGAUCAGACGACGCAUUGGCAGAUGAAACCUUGGAUGCAACUGAAGGCCACGGCGAGCUUACAGGCAAACUGAGCGAGGAGCUCCAGCAGGCCGCGCAAAAGUUUAAAGAGGUUGAUCGGUGGCAAAUGGAGUUCGAAGAGGUUACGGAACCGUCAUCGUCACCAGGCGCUGGAGCUGCUCGGUGACCUGAACGGGUUUAACCUUGUUCGGGAGAGGUUAACGAUGAUUUACUUACUCGUUCUUUUUUGACUCGAUUGCUGCUUUGCUGAGGGCUUUGUAUACGUACUCUUUAUUAGGGAUGCAAUUUGGGAUCUGUAUACCCUGCGGGCUGCGGUUCUGUUGGAGUUGGGCGUAACACGGAGCGAUUGCGAUGUUUUCAUGAAUGUGCGGGUUCUGUCCACGCUCAUAUCCAAAGAUCUCUUAUUUGUCUUCAUCGAGCGAGAUCGGAUUCUUACGAAAGGAUCCAUACCUUGGGAACAAUGAAAAGCUGUUCUGAAACCACCGCCAUCUUGACUACUAACGCCUGAACGCCCACGCCUACAUCAAGAAAAAACACCCUGGGAUCCAUGGACUGCAAAAAAAGUACUUAAACUCCCGCCUGUUCUGUAGGACAAGCGUAAAGGUUCUUGUAAUGGAUGACUCAUGAGAAGCUUGCAUAGUCCACUUGAUGAUCUACAACACGAACGUGCUCUGCUAUUUGAUUUGCAUCCCUGAAAGCCGUUGUG